UCCGAAAUCACAGUCGAACUCCCCCUUCAAUUCUAAUCAAUUCUUCAUCUACACUUCCGACAAUUGUAGGUUUUUCCUCCGGAUCCAAUCAAUGUCAUCCCGAAAUAGCCCAAGUGGACUUCCUCGCAGAAGGAAUGGCAAACAGCAAGCAUGCGAGCCGUGUAGGCUGGCUAAAAUGGGUUGCGAUCAUGGUCUACCCGUUUGUGAGAGGUGCAAAAGAAGAAAAGUAGCUGCAAGAUGUAUUUACCUCUCCGCCCCUAUGACCCGCCUCGCCACCUCUUCGGAUUCUCGUUCAAAGGCCGUGGAUGGAAGUGGAAGAAAUAAUCAGUUAUUACCACGCAACAUCACCCCCGGAACUUCUACCCCGAACUCGAUCACUUCGCCUACUUCAGUUGGUGCUUCUCCGUUUCCGAGGCACCAAAAUACCUUGUCACAGGAUACAUUGUCAGAUACUCUCCCGACAAACAAAUCAGCCGGUGGUUUCUUUGGACCGACGAGUUUCUCAGCUGUGUUUUUGGAAAAUAGAGAAAAUCUUGGUCCUGCAAACGCCGACGUUCACUUAUCAAAUGACAUUGCUGAACUUGCUCCUCUUCAGCGGGAGUCUCAAGAGGGGUCCUUGCAAUCUCAGACUUUCCUAAUGGUACCUGCUGGAAGUCUGGACGCAACCUGUAAUCCGAGGAUUGCUUUGGGCGCAAGGUUAUUGAAAGCUUUUCCUGAUAGACAUACAUUCAACUUCCUUCUGGAAUGGUAUUAUGACAAAUGCCAUGAGCAGUCAUUUUUCAAGCACAGUGUGAUGAGUUGUGCAAAUAGUAUCUGGACAAGCUAUGGUUCACAUCUUAAGGGACCGCGAACAAAAGAUGCCAUAGAACAUGUUUCCAAAGUCCUGUGCGAGAACUCGAUGAAAGUUCUUCAGGAACCCUCUGGCCAUGAUGAGUACGCAAAAUGGUUGGAGUCUUUUAGUGGUGAAAAUCUUCGCUGGGAAAUUUUGGGAAUGGUUUUCUCGGCUCUCACAAGCGCUACACUUAGUCUUCCAGAACGCGAUGCAUUCUUCACAACACAAAAAGGUCCCCGAAGAGAUAGAAAAAGUUUCGCCGUUGAGAUGAAGGAUUGUGUGCAAGCCUGUGUUAAUCUAAGCAACUAUAUGGAUCUGAUCAACUUCCCCAUGGUUGCGUUGUUGACCAAGAAUCUGAUACUUCAAACCGUCAUAAGUGGCGAUACAAGUAAUGAAUCACCUUUCAAAUUUCUAACUUGGUCUUAUGUGCUAACAUUCAAAAGGUCUUGUUGUCUGGAGGCAGCUGGGAGAUUUACUGAGUAGCUCUACUGCCCUGGGACUGCAUCGACAAAUCGAUAACGGGCAACAGAUUUCAUUCCUGCCAGAGUUGAAGAAACGAAUCUUCACGGUGAUAUUCAACCUGGAUAAAAGUUCUUCUUUACUUACAGGCCGUCCACCAGCUCUCAGUUACCGCUACACUCGCUUCAAACACCCAUUAGAUCUUAGUGAUGACGAAGUUAUGCAAGGUGGUGAAGUGUUGGCAGAAGCAGUGAGCAGACUGGAUGAGAAUGGUUGGAAUGUUGCGGGAAACAUUUACCAGUCGACUGGUGCUCGAGCAAGAGGCAUGCUGUCGGUCGUUUUGGAUGAGAUACUCGAGCUGUCUCUUGGGGACCCUGAAGACUGCACUGAGGAACGAAUAAGGUAUCUGCUGAAUCGUCUGCAACAAACUUAUGACGGUUUCCCAAGAUUCCUUCAAUUUUCGUUAAAUGAUCCUCAUAUCAAAGAGAAGAGCGAUUACAAAUACUGGAAGACACUCAAUAUCCGACUCACAUUUCUUGAACACCGCCUCUUACUUGAACGAUUAGCUCACAAACAAAACAUCUUCGACGGCCAAUCAAUGGUAGACUGCGCUCGAGAAAUGCUCGAGCUCGUGGUCCUCAUUUGGGUUCAAAGAGAUCGGUUUGUCGAACAUCAACACGAUUUUGAUUGGAUGCUAAUGUGUUGGGGCGUACCCGCAAGUGGUGUCCUCUGCGUCGAGCUUCUCAAACAGCUUAAACAUCCUCAACUUCCAGGACCACGCUUAGCACGUUCCGAGAUUGUGCAGAAUCUAAGCUUGCUGAUAGGAUUCCUAGAAUGGGUUCGUCCAGCAGCAGGUAAUUACCAACUCUGUGGUCGGAUGAGACUCAUCAUCAAAAGAAUCCUCGAUCAGAUUCUUGAUCCCACACCGCCUGCUUCACAACCAACUCCGGCACCGGCACCAGUUCCAUCACAAGACUCUGCACAAUUGCCACCUGUGGUGGAUACUGCAAUGACAGGACAAAAUUUCGAAACUGGCUUUGUUGGUCAGUUUGACACAGCCAUACCUCCCCCGGCCGCUUUUGACACUUCGAAUUAUGAUGGUCUAUUAGAGGACCUGGAUUGGUUAAAUAACGUGGAUUGGUCGAGAGGACCUUGGCAAUCUGAUCUUGUUAAUCAGGAUUUCACUGCUGUUAGAUGGAGUGGAAAUGGGGCUUUUUGAUGAUUGGGCCAGGUAUUUAAUUGUCAUGAAAAUUGGCAAUGGCAUUGUGAAUAUAUGAGUUUAGAGAUGUUAUUGUAUUGCGCUGCUCCGGGAGUGGCCUGAUAAUAUAUGGGGUGACAGUAGUCAUUUUCAUU